ACGUAAUCUUGACGUAAACAAAUCAAACCGAAUUUGUAAACUGAACUGACUGAUUGUCAAUGUCAAAUCUGGGCCUUUGACGUCUACUUUGAACUGCUGAUAUGACUGAAUGAAAUGAAAGAGAUGUUCAUUUUGAAAUGGCAACAUUCAAUGCGCGAAAAGACGGCGCGAAAGUUCGAUCAAUAAGUAGGUUUAUUUCGGACUGGACGAGAUGGCGAUGAGUUUUAUGUAAGAAAAUUCUGAAAUAAAUGGAACAUCAAUCGGAAAUGGGGGCAUACGGGGAAAAUCCAAACGUCCAGAACAAUGGGAAUUAUAUCACAAUUAUUCCUGUUGAUUAUUCUAGACGGGGAUACCCUAUGCAAGCCGAAUACCAGUACAAUGAAUUUCGAUCCCGCGAAGAGUAUUACAGUGUUCAAAGUCAAAAGUUGCAAGCAGAAGUCAACGCGCACCUGUAUUCUGUGUCUCAGAGGCUCCCACAUCUGUCGUACAGUCCUUUAGGGCGACACAGUGAUUGGGACAAACAUGAUCCGCACAAACCUCUUCAGCCGGACUCCAAAGAGAGCAACAGUUCGGAUUCCCUCGAAAAGAGUGUUAUGGGUUCUAAUUUAAGCAGUUGCUCAAACCAGACGGGCUCGAGCAGCAUAGCAGCAGGUUCGUUCAGCACUACAGAACCAAUAACCAGUGGCGGUAGUUCGUCUAGUGCUAUUUCACCACCACUGCCAGGAUCCUCGGGCAGCACUGUUUCCUCAUCGACUGUAUCUUCGAAUCCAGUGACUUGUGUUUACCUUCUGUCCAAGACUGCUAUCAUGAUAGAGAUGAGUUCGGAGGAGGUGCCUUCGUGCGUCACGGCUGCUAGAUUUCUAAAUGCUGUACUGGCUACAGAGGAGUUGGGGUUAACACAACCGAGCGCCAGAAGUUUAGCUGCUAAUGUAUUCUCUUUGUGGAUGUGCAGUCCAUUGCUAGAAAUCCAAUUAAAACCCCACCAUUGCCCUUGGCGGAUUUGGGCCAACUGGCAGAAGUUGGUGUAUCGUUAUGGUCAUGGAUCGGAAUCCAAACGUUCGAGAGAUCAACCCAUACUGCGACUUCAGAGGAAUAUAUUUUUCCCUAAGCAUUUAGAAGAAGGCAUAAAAGAUACAAAAAUUCAAGAACUGUUAUAUGAAGAAGCAAGACAUAACGUCGUGACAGGUCGUUACCCGCUAGAAAGUGCUCAAGCAGUAAUGUUGGGAGGACUGCAAGCAAGAAUACAACUGGGACCCUACGACCCUCAUAGGCACACGGCGAAGUUCUUCAGGGAACAUCAAGACAAGUACCUUCCUAAACACGCCCGCUCAGGGCGCUGGGCGCAGUUGUUGCCUGCGGGAAGGAAGGGGAGUCCCGAAGCCAAACUUCUGGAGCAAGCGCAACGGCCACCAGCCGCCCCGCCGAGGAAACUACGUCACAAAUACUUGGCUCACUGUCGGACGCAUACAACUUACGGAGCUGCGUUCUUUCAAGGACAAAUUGAGCAGCCGGUGCGGAGUCUGACCAGUCUUCUCACACAUGAAGAUAUUCCUGUACUAGUUGCGAUCAACUCUAACGGAGUUUACGUCAUUGAUGAUACAGAAAGUACUGUACUGUUGGGUUUGCUGUACGAAGAACUGUCGUGGGAUAUCGGCCUGCCUUCAGACGACAACGACGACUGCCUCCCAUGUCUGUUCCUGCAGUUCAUGGUUGUGGAGAAUGGCCUGAGAGUGUCUAAAAUAUUACAGGUAUUUUCAAAACAAGCCGUUAUGAUGGACACACUAAUAGAACACUUUGCCGGGGAAUAUAGAAAACGUCUCGGCCAGGAGACACCAAGCGACCACGCCAACUACGAUUACCAUUCAGAUUCAGGAAGCAUAUCCCUACCUCCACUCUCCCGGCCGGAUUCCCCUCAGCGUCGAUUGGCCAACAAACUCUCUCGCUUGGCUCUAGCCACUCACGACGGCAGGGGGAACCUGUUGGGAGGAGCUGGAGACUGGAACACUGACCUCAAUCAUCCUCAACCUUCAUGGAUACUGCCUAAGCAUUAGAAGAAUCUGGUGUGAAAAAAAGGAUAAUCUUGAUAACAGAAUUAGUUACUUACCAGGGUUUAACCUCUCAUGAUCGCAGGGAUUUUGUUAGGAGACUUACAGACCUGCAGCCAUCGUGGAUACUGCCUUAGCAAUAUAAGAAGAAUCUGAUAUGAAAAAAAGGAUGGUACCUAUCCGAUAAGUAUCUUACUGGGCUUUAGACUCUUACCAUUGCAGGGAACUUGUUAGGAGCAGGAGACUUAGAGUAAUUGAAGAGAAACAACAUAACAUUGAAAAGUACAAAUUGAUACAGUAUUGUAGUUUCCGAUUUUUCAGAGUGAUCGCAAAAAUCAAUGCUAAAUCUAUCGAUUUCCUCGGACUUGACGAAUGGUUGUGAGGUCUGUACUUUUAAAGCGACAAAAAAUCUUUACAACAAAAAAUGAGGCCGACUGAAGUCCGUAAAAAGAUGUACCUACGUUCAUGAA